AUGGCACAAGCAGCCUCGCCUAUCGACAUCGCGACGCCCCCGCGCUUCGGGUCGAAUUCCCCGCAGAACCAGACGUCCAACCUCACAUCUGCCCUGCGCGAGGCAGGCGCGAACCGCAACGACGUCGCACCUUCCAACCACCAUAAUGGCCACGAAUUCCAGCGUCCCAGCCUCAGUGCCCGCAAUGACUCCAUUAGCGGGCUCGGCGGCUCCUUCUACGGCAGCGGCGCCCGUCCCAUCUCGAUGAAGGACAGGCCGCGCCGCGAGAGCAACGCCAUGAACAGCCUCGUGAACGGCCUCAGCUGGGGCGGCGUCUCCGUCGGCUCAUGGAUCCGCGAUGACAUCCUCAUGACCGGCACCUCGCCCGCCGCAUUCAACAACCAGUCGCCUUCCUAUCACUCCUCGUCGUACCUCCCUAAGUUGGAGGCCAACUUCAUGAAAGAUUUUGCCUGCUGCGGCUUGACGCUCGCUUCGCUGCACGACCUGCUACAACAUUUCGAAGAGGUACACGCUGGCGCACCGCCCUCGCGAACCUCCCAGGCUGGGCAGGGUGGUCUUCCGCCCACCACUGGUGCCUCGAGCGCCGGUAUUACGCCCGGUCAGACACAGACACAAGGCGAGCCAGCCACAAACACCCAGUUCGGCUUCCAUCCCCGGUCAGGCUCGGUCGGCGGCUUCCGCUCCAACCGGCUAGGAUCGGAUGGCUUCAGCCGAACGAACCUGUCAACGGUGCAAGAUAUGGACGACAACAUGGACAUGGACAUGGAUGACAUAGGCGACGGCCUUGCCACUAUAGAAGAGGCGCCCACCGGCUUCUCCAGCCAGCAGUCGCAGUUCAACCAGAACCAGGCCCAGCUGCAACCACUCAAUAUCAAUAUGGCAAACACCAUGCAGAACCACCAAGGUUUGCGCACAUCCACGCCUACCACUCCUGCUGCCUCACAACAGUACAACCUUCCCAACAAUCCUACCGUCUCCUCGGUCAAUACGCCCACACUCGGCACUGUACCCAUGACGCACAACCUCACAUCGCCAGAGUCUUCACAUCCCAGCACUCCAGCGGAGCUGGACAUGGACUUCCUCAACGGCUUCAACCAACCAAUGAUGGGAAUUCCAGGCAUGGACAUGGGUUUCGGCAGCACUGGCUUCAACACUGGCAUGCCCGGUUUCGACGGCACCAUCGACCAGCCAGGAAAGCGCCUCUUCAGCAAACAAGGCUCCGGCCUCAGUCAGCAACAACUGCAGGCAGCGUUUAAGAACUACCAGAUGAGCAAUGGCGACCAGACCGAUCUUGCGAAGAGACUGAGGGAACAGGCUCUCAUGAACGGAGCGAACGUACCACAGUUCCCGUUCCCUGAAGAGGUGAAGCCUUUCAGGUGCCCAGUCAUUGGCUGUGAGAAGGCGUACAAGAACCAGAAUGGUCUCAAAUACCACAAACAGCACGGCCAUCAGAACCAGCAGCUGAAGGAGAACGAGGACGGCACCUUCUCGAUCGUCGACCCUCUCACCUCGAUACCGUACCCCGGCACUGUUGGCAUGGAAAAGGAGAAACCUUACCGAUGCGAGAUGUGCGGCAAGCGAUAUAAGAACCUCAACGGCCUCAAGUACCACCGUGCCCACUCGCCAAAGUGCAAUCCGGAGCUGUUGGGUGCCCAGUUCAGCCAACUGCCAUCAUUGCAAGGGUUAAACGUCGGUGCCAACGUCGCCGGCGCUGGUAUGACGGGCAUGGACAAUUCCAUGUUCUAG